AUGGAGGCGGGAUGCGAGAGUGAGGGAAGCGGCUCGGAGAGCAGCUGGAGCAGUGAGGAGGACGGGAGCAGUGAGGAGGAAUAUUGUGCGGUCAGGCUAACGGACGAUGUAAUUGUCAACGUACUCAACAAAACGCAAAGGGCGUCUUGUCCUGGCAGCCUUGCUGAUCAAAUUCAGGUGCAACAUGCCACUCUGAUGGCAAUGACGGCUGUUGGUCAAGAAUCUGUGAGUUUCCGGGAACGAUGUUUAAGCAAGGUGGAGGCCAUCUCCUGGGUGUUAAUAACUGCAGGAGGGUUUAACGACCUGACGGCACACCUUGACCAACUAAGUCUGAGUGGCCCGUUGAAGAGUCUUUCGCUUUCGGUCCAAGAACCACUGGACCUGAGGGAAUUCUGGAAGCAGAGAGAAGCGGGACUCCAGGAUCAGGAAGGGACAGGACUUCGGGAUCAGGCAGAAGGAGGUCCCCGGAAUCAGGAAGAAGUGGGACUCCGGGGUCAGAGAGAAGCAGGGCUGGGCGUUGCUGCCAACUUUUAUAAGUUGGAGCACUUAGCAUUGUCCUUGGGGACCCCUUCUGCUUCGGAACGUGUCCUGUCAGCGCUGACAUUAUGCUCUGGGCUGACGUCCCUCUCAAUAGACUGCACCUGGGAAGGAUAUGCAGACCUCCAGGGGCAGAUGGGAGCAUGGCUGGGCAUCGCUGCCAACUGUCCUAAGUUGGAGCACUUAGCCUUGUCCUUGGGGACCCAUUCUGCUUCGGAACCUGUUCUGCCGAUGCUGGCAGCGUGCUCUGGGCUGAAGUCUCUCUCAUUAGAAUGCGCCUGGGUGGUCAAAGCAAGGUCCCCACUCGUGUCGACAUAUCUGGAUGCUCCCUGGGCGGAGCUACUCGUGAACCUGACGGGUCUCCAGCGUCUCCAGCUGACCGGGUGCAGCAUCGUGGCUCUUCCAAGCCUUCCAGAGUUGACCCACCUGUCCCUCAGCUUGUGUGCCGGGUUCGAGGGCUUCCCGGAGCUGCCGAAGUUGAAGCAUCUAAAGCUGAGAGAAUGCCACGACUGGGAGCUCCGAGAACCUGUGUUCAAAUUGCUGCCCAGGCUGCAAUGCAAGAUCGAGGAGUGCGACUGGCAGUGCGUGGAAUCCAACGAGUGUCGAGGGGAGCCCACUUUUGAGGUUGACUACACGGCCCGAAAGCAGUGCACGGGCAAGAAGCUCUUAUGUCCAUCUGGAAGCGAUAAAAGCGAAGACUUGGUUGUGAUUGAUGGGGUGUUGGUUGGGCAAAGGGUUGGCGAGGGGAUUGCGAACGCGUCUCAAGAUGACACUGAUGUGGAGGACAGCGAAGCCGAAGCCGAAGCCGAAGCCCGCGCCGAAGAGGAGUACAAGUUUAUGUCCCGGUGUUACAACGAGCGUAUCCGGUCAAGCUCGGCUCGCUCGACUGGCGACCUGCGCCACCUGCCCGAUUUUGGGAUGGCGGACGCGUACCCUAGCCUCCAAGGGCGGGAGGCGAUCGAUGAGUAUCUGUCUUCAGUCAUGAACCAGCAUUUCUGA